UUGCACUUACCUUAUCGAAUUGGACUUUUGAGUUCGUUAUUGACAUCAACCCUGCCAUGGAAGAAGUUAACGUGGUGGAAACUAAGGAUGGAACCGUUUCAGUAGCUUCUGCGUUUGCUGGCCAUCAGGAAGCUAUACAGGAUAGAGACCACAAAUUUUUAAGAAAAGCCGUUGAAGAAGCAUAUAAAGGGGUAAACUGUGAAGAUGGAGGUCCUUUUGGUGCUAUUAUAGUUUGUAAUGAUGAAGUAGUUGCUAGUUCCCACAACAUGGUUCUGAGGAACACAGACCCAACUGCUCAUGCUGAAGUCACAGCAAUAAGAGAGGCUUGUAGAAAGCUAAAGCAGAUAGAACUUUCAGAUUGUGAAAUAUAUGCUUCUUGUGAACCUUGCCCAAUGUGCUUUGGUGCAAUCCACCUCUCACGAGUUAAGAGGUUGGUUUACGGGGCAAAGGCUGAGGCAGCAAUUGCUAUUGGGUUCGAUGAUUUUAUUGCAGAUGCAUUGCGAGGUACUGGAUUCUAUCAGAAAGCACAGUUGGAGAUUAUAAGAGCUGAUGGCAAUGAGGCCAUUUUCGCCGAAGAAGUUUUUGAGAAAACAAAGGCAAAAUUCCGAAUGUAUUAAAUCUGUGAGUAAAUACCAUUUUUGGUACCUAACAAAAGACACGGUCUCCAUUUUAGUCCUUUACAAAAAUAAAAUAGUCAGUUAGUCCCUAACAAAUUCAAAGUGGACCCAUUUAGUUGAAAUCGUGGUCCCUCACAAAUUCAAAAAAAACCCAUAUUAGUCCCUCAAAAGGACUAAAAUGGGUCCACUUUGAAUUUGUUAGGGACUAACUAACUAAUUUAUUUUUAUAAGGGACUAAAAUAGGGACCGUAUUUUUUGUCAGGGAACCAAAAGAGUAUUUACUCUAAAUCUUUCAUUUUCCUAGGCCAUUAUUUCACACUUGAUGAUAAUGGGCUUCAUAAAAAUAAGCUGGCUAGCCUCAUGUACAUCCUACUAAAUGUGAACUAAUUAUUAUAUAUGUGUGGAGAGAAUCUGGAUGGAAGUUAUUUAGUAAUAUCUUAUCCAUUCCUCUGUUAAA